AUUCUUUCCUCAAAUUGGAUGUAUAUAAGGAGAACCCAGUAAAUCAUUUCAUUCAACCAACGAAGAAACUAUGUCACUUGUCACGAUGCAUAAGGCCCUUUUUCUGCUCCUCAUUGCCUACCAGCUGACGGAUUAUGUCACUGGGCAAACCCCAACCACAGUUGCCGCAGUGUCGAGUACUGUGGGGAUAUCAACUGCUCCCGGUUCAAGUAGCACUCCUGCAGGUGGUUCAAGCACUUCCGGAUCAGGUACCACUCUUGCAAGUGGAACAACUACUCUCGGUUUAAGCACCACUCCCGCAGCAGGAUCAAGCAGCACUCCUGUAGGUGCUUCAACCACGCCCAGUUCAGGAAGCACUCCUGCAGGUGGAUCGACUACUCCUAUUUCAGGAAGCACGCCCGUUAGUGUCUCAACCACUCCUGGCUCAGGUACUACUCCUGUUGGAGGAUCAACCACUCCCGGCUCAGGCAGCACGCCUAUAGGGGGUUCUACAUCUCCUGGUUCAGGUACCACUCCUGUUGGAGGGUCAACCACUCCCGGCUCAGGCAGCACGCCUAUAGGGGGUUCUACAUCUCCUGGUUCAAGUACCACUCCUGUUGGAGGAUCAACCACUCCCGGCUCAGGCAGCACUCCUGUAGGUGCAUCAACAACUCCUGGUUCAGGCAGCACGCCCAUAGGGGGCUCUACAUCUCCUGGCUCAGGUACCACGCCUGUUGGAGGAUCAACCACUCCUGGCUCAGGCAGCACGCCUAUAGGGGGUUCUACAUCUCCUGGUUCUGGUAGCACGCCCGUGGGUGGAUCAACCACUCCCGGUUCAGGCAGCACUCCCGUAGGAGGAUCAACCACUCCCGGCACAGGUACCACUCCUUUAGGUGCUUCAACCACUCCCGGCACAGGUACCACUCCUUUAGGAGGAUCAACUACUCCCAGAAGUAGCACUCCCGUGGGAGGAUCAACCUCUCCCGGUUCAGGCAGCACUCCUGCAGGAGGAUCAACUUCUCCUGGUUCAGGAAGUACUCCUGGAGGAGGAUCAACCUCUCCCGGUUCAGGCAGCAGUCCUGUAGGAGGAUCAACCUCUCCCGGUUCAGGCAGCACUCCUGGAGGAGGAUCAACCUCUCCCGGUUCAGGCAGCACUCCUGGAGGAGGAUCAACCUCUCCCGGUUCAGGCAGCACUCCUGCAGGAGGAUCAACCUCUCCCGGUUCAGGCAGCACUCCUGGAGGAGGAUCAACUUCUCCCGGUUCAGGCAGCACUCCUGAAGGAGGAUCAACCACUCCUGGAGCAGGAAGCACCAACGUAACAGAUACUAGUAACUCCACUACUUCUGUCGGAACAUCUUCUACUGACACAACUACUGACACAACUACUGACACCACUACUGACACCACUACUGACACCACUACUGACACUACUACUGACACUACUACGGACACCACUACGGACACCACUACUCCUACAGCAACUAAGCCUAUUCUAUUAGUAACACCAAAAUGCCGUCAAAUAAACGGAAAAAAAUUGGCCUCCUGUUGCUCACCCAAUGCACCACCAUUGCUGUCUGUAGACAAGACAGUUUGCAAAUCAACAAAAUUAAAGAUGAAUGCAUUCAACCUUUUUACACUUAACAAGCAGCAGAGCCCACUCAACAAUCCUGUCAAUGCCAUUAACUUCAAUGAUGCGAAAGUAAUGAGAGCUUUGGGCAAAGCCGCUUGCUUUGUAAAUUGCGUGCUCACCAAUAAAGCCGUUUUGCAAACCGAUGGAACUUUGUCAGAUGCAGAAUUAACUGCGCUUUUAACAUCGACUCAAAGCGAGCCCUGGGCGACAAUCAUAAACGACGCUGUCACCAAAUGCCUGGCAACUGAACAGGGCUUGAGUAUCCCUGCAUUCAUGUCCGGCAAAUUAUCUUGCGAUGGCAAACCUCUCGUCGUAAUCCAGUGCAUACUGGCGGAAAUGAAUAUUAACUGCCCCAGCAAAGUUUCUUCUACUUCCUGCACCAAAACUACAAGCCUCUUCUCUAAUUGCUACAGUUCACUUUUAGCUCCAAUCGCAAGGAGACAAGUAGGAGUUGAUAAGAAAAAGAAAAUUAAGAAGGUAAUAAAACUUGGCAAGGGAAAGGGAAAUAAAAAAGUAACUGCAAGCCCUGGAAAAGACACGGAAAACAAGAAGGUUAACAGUGAUAAGAGAAAGAACAAAGUUAAAAAGGUAAAAAAUUAUAAGCAAACAAAGAAAGAGAAAAAAGUAAAGGGGAAUGGAUUAAAAAAGCCAAACAAAGAGAAGAAAGUUAAAAAAGUCAAGGAAAGCGUUAAAAAAGAAAAGGCGAAUGGAUUAAAAAAGCCAAACAAAGAGAAGAAAGUUAAAAAAGUCAGGGAGGGCAUCAAGAAAAAUAAAGGGAAACCCGAAAAGGGCAAUAAUCAAAAUAAGCUAGCGGAGAAGAAGAAAAAAGGAUCAAACAAUGCUAAAAAGGAAAAUAAGACUGAAAAAGUUAAGGAUAAGAAAGUAAAGAAGGUCAAGGGAGGGUUGAAAGUUCAAAAAGAAAAGAACCAGAAUGGACUGAAAAAGGUCAAAAAGGAAAAGAAAGGAAAACCUGAGAAAGAAGAUGCCAAGAAAAAGAAGAACAUUAAAAAGUUAAAAUCUGUAAAAACGGAAAUUAAGAAGCAAACGGAACAGUUAAAGAAGGAAAUCAAGAAGCAAAAAGAUCAGAUAAAGAAGGGACUAAAAAAGGUGAAAAAAGUAGAAAAAGUGAAAAAAGAGAAGAAGGACGCUGGAAACGGUGGUAUAAAGAAGGUAAAAAAUGGGAAAAAGACAGAUAAGAAAACUGAAAAGAUAAAAAAAGAUAAGAAUGCGAAGAAAGAAGGAAUUUCCAAUUUGAAAAAAGAGAACAAGACUAAAAAAGUCAAAUCAGUCAAAAAAGAAUUGAAAGAAAAGAAGACAGGCAAUCCAAAAAGGAAGGAGAAGAAUGGAAAGAAACAAACAGGAGGGAAAAAGGAAACCUCUAAAAAUAAGGUUAAUUCUGAAAAUUCAGAUCCUGAAAAAUUAAUGUGAAGAACAAAUUUAAUUAAUAUUGUCAGUUCUAAGCAAGCGAGUUGUUGUUAAUAAAAUCGGCAAAACUAUGAAUUUUUUUUUGUAAA